UAAGGUGAAGGUUCAGAGUUGAAAGGGCUGACACGACGCUCGCCGCACAUGUGUUGUUGUUUUGUCUGAAUGUAUUCAUACAAAUUUAACUAACAUGGGGAAGAAUACGAAGAAAGCCAACGAGCCAGUUAAACGAGGGGGCAAGUCUAAACAGCACGCGAGCGAUAAGACGCUCAAGCGCGAUGGCAAACCAAAGAAAGCCAAAGAAAUGGACCAUCUUAAACACAUCCCGUUCAGGCUGCGCGAGAUAAUCAAGAGCAAGGAUCAAAUGAAAACGGGAUCCAUAAAAUCUAAAAAGCUAAAAGAGGCCAUCUCAUCCAAAGGCAAACCAGAAGAGUCAGAGGAUGGAGACAUCCCUGUGCCACAUUUCAAGAGGGGAAAGCAUGAAAGUGAGAAGGCAUAUCUGCGGCGCAUGGACAAUGCAGCCAAACAUGUGCUGUUUCUUACUAAGAACCAGGUAGACCGAAAGCCUGAGCUGGAUGAAGACCAACAGGAGAGGCCUGUCGACAAGGGCAAGUCUGCGAAAAAGAAGGAGCAUGAUAAAGGGAGGCUACAGAGGCUACAGCUGAAAAAAUUGAGCAGAAAAGAGGACAUGAUGGAAAAGGAGAUGUUUGUAGAUCAUGUUCCAUUUGGGGAAGUUUCCAUGGCCCCUCCGUCUUUGAACAUCAAACCUAAGAAAGCUCAGGUCACAUCAAAGAAUUCUACAAAGGGACUGCUUCUCAACUCUCUCCUAGGCAACGCAGUAGUAUCCACAGCUAAGCCCUCUAUGGCCAGACAGAGAAUCAUGGAGGAGGAGAGGGAGCGAGCAGUGGAGGCCUACCGUCAUUUGAAGAAACAGAAACAGCAGCAGCAUGUGGACAUGAUUGCCAGACAGGCUGUAAAACAAAAACAUAAAACCUAGAGAACCGCCUGUGAUGAAUCACAUCAGUUUAUUUGGGGAAUAUGAUUCCUUAACUACAGUGAGAGUAACUGCACUGAACAGAGAUGUUCAGAAACUGAGACCGAUUGUAAGAUCAGCAGACUCUGGGUGCUAUAUGCCAGACGGUUACUGUUAUUUACCACAGUGAAGCUAACCAUCAGGGAAUGAAGCAAACAUUUGCAUCCACAGGCCACAGUUGAGGUAAGUUAAACCUCCCCCACUUAAAUGAUCACAGUUCAACAGAGGAUUGGACAUUAUAAUGAUUUUGUGUAGCUCAUCACCAUUCUGUGAAGUACAUAAUAAUUAGUGUUGUGAUAUUUGGACAAUAAAAUUUAUAAAGGCUAUCAAGGAAUAUUCUGUAUCAAUCCCUGAUUGUUUUCUGUAGUGCCACUAGAUGGCAGUGCUUCUCUUGUGAACGUGAGUUGGUUCCACAUGGGAGGUUGAGGCAACAUAACAUAGAAAUGUAUUUUUUGGUUGUAUACCAUUUCAUCUUUCACAUGUAGGUUUAAAGAUAUGUUAUGUUGUGUCCUGCAAUAGGUCAGAGCAGAAUUAAGUGCGGUUUAUACAAGUAAAAUAAAAACAAAGAAAUUAAAGUAAUAAAUCAAUUUGUACUAAAUCACAUAACUGCUCUGAAGCUUUUGAGCAUAUUAGCAGCUGGAAAUUGACAUUUUUUCUCCCCUGAGCAAUAAAAGGGUUUGUCACAGAGUAA